AUGCUUUUAGCUAAGUUAAUACUGUUUCUGGUGUAUUUGGUACCAGGUUGUGUAGCAAAGCCGAAAAUAAGUAAAAAAAGAACACAGUGGGAUCUGAUAGCAAUUAAUGCUUGUGCUAAAGAAUUGGAAUUGUACAAGUAUGAUACGGACGCUAAGGGUCACCACGCUUCUAUUUGCACUUAUGAGCCCGCAUUAGGCUCUUGGCUACAUUGCGCGAAGGAAGUCCUCGCCAGUAAAAACAAAAGCAAAAAAACAUUUGAAAAAACAUUUAACAAUAUAAACCAGAUUUGUCGGGAUUAUCAGAAAGAUGAAACUAUCAGUAAUGAUGAAUUUUAUCGAAUCCUUUCUAAUGCGUCUAUCUUCAUCCGGCCUAUUGGCGAGGCAAAGGAAAUAAUAAGAUAUCCCAUUAUUCCUAACAAGACCUCUCUAGAUAAGUGGGUAUGGGCUUAUUUCGGUCCGUUGGAUAACUUAGACAAGGGGAAUAUAUACGGAGGAGCGAUUUGUUUGUACUGGCUAGGGGUUCUGUUUAUUGCAACUGUGUACAAUUUCUUGAAUUUUUCACGACUUAAACAAACGAUUUUUAAGAACAAGGUGUCAGCAUAUCUGCGAGGUCACUUAGUUCUUCCAGCACUUAUUCACAACCAUGCUAUGUUUGUGGGGAAAUGGUUUUUCGUCGGGCUAGUCCCUACUAGGUUGGAGACAUCUAUCUUACUCGGUUAUGUUUUGUUACAUGGACUUUUUCUGAGCACUUACAAUUUUGACUCCAAUCAGCUGCUUAGCGAUCACAGAAGCCAAAUGCUCAUCUUCAUUUCAGACAGAGCAGGAAUCUUGGCAUUUGCGCACUUUCCUUUGAUAGUACUCUUUGGCGGCAGGAACAGUAUAAUGACUUGGUUGACAAAUAUACGGUAUACGUCAUUCAUAACUUACCACAAAUGGUUAGGGAGAUUUAUGUUGGUAGAUUGUAUGGUUCACGCAAUGGGGUACACGUAUCAUGCGUACAUAGAGAACUAUUGGAAAUACGUCAAAUACAGUGAUCUAUGGACGUCCGGAAGACAUGCCAUGAUUAUUGUGGCAGUACUUGUGUUCUUCUCAUUCUUCUUCUUCAGGCGCCAUUACUACGAGUUGUUUGUUAUAGUACACAUCAUUCUGGCAAUAAAAUUCUUCCAGGAGUCCUUGAAACAUUGCCACAAACUCGGGUGGAGUGAAUGGGUGAUAGCGUGCGCAGUAUUUUGGAUUGGUGACCGCAUUUUGCGAUUGAUAAAGAUUGCGAUAUUCGGAAUGCCAUUAGCUAAGUUGAAGAUGUACGGUGAGUCGAUGAUAGAGGUGAGAAUUGCAAAGAGUUCCAAAAGUUGGAAAGCUGAGGCUGGUCAAUAUGUCUACCUGCAGUUUUUAAAACCAAAACUAUUCUGGCAGGCACAUCCGUUCACAGUCAUGGACUCUCUGGUUGAGGAUGGCGAAUUAGUUGUUGUAAUAACAAUUAAGAACGGACUGACAAAAAAAUUGCAGGACUAUAUAUUGCAGAAUGAGGAGUAUGCUGAAAUGCGAGUUCUAGUAGAGGGGCCAUACGGACAGAGCACUCGAACGCACUUAUUUGAAAGCCUAUUAUUUUUUGCUGGUGGGGCAGGGGUUCCAGGACCUCUGUCUAUGGCGAUAAAGGCGGGUCGGGAACGAAAGAACGAUGAUAAUCAGACGAUUAAAUUUGUAUGGAGUGUAAGAAAUGCUGAGCUUUUGGAAGUGUACAAAAAAGAGAUAAUGGUGUUGAAACAGAUGGAGGUGGAUGUGGAGAUUUACUAUACAGGGGAGGAGAAAGAUGGUUUGCGUGUGGAAGAUGAUACCGCCGCCAAUAAAAAUAUCGAAGGUAGACUGUUGACGGGUUCGGAGUCAGUGGAAGUAGUUACAAAUUUUGGACGACCAAAAAUCGAUGAAGUAAUCGAAGAAGGAAUGAAUGGAGUAAAAUCAUUGUUGGUUGUUUGCUGCGGCUCAGAAGGGUUUGUAGACAAAACUCGGGAAAUAACUGCAAAAAAGGUUGUUGAUAAUGGCGAAAAAUGGAUAGAAUAUGUGGAAGAGUUUCAAAACUGGUAA